AUGGUUAAAGGAUUCAAAAAAAACAUUUAAAUUUAUAGGAAUAUUGAGUUUUCAGCAAGGAAUGUGCUGGCAUCUGAUAUAGUUGAAUCAGAGAGGAGUCUUGGAUGCAAAUUCGUUAAUAUUGAUGUGAGUGAUAGAAAUAUGAUGAGAGAAUAAACUCUUGAGUGGAACCCUACUCAUAUCCUUCACUUCGCUCAAGAUAGAUCAUUUAACAUUGUGAAAAAUGAUAGAACUCCACCAGAAGAACAGGUAAAGGUCAACAUAGAGGGAUUGAAGAAUGUUUUAGACUUAGCUUCUGAACUCAAGCUAAAGUAUUUAUCUCACACAUUCGAAGGAAGAAUGGGAUAUAUGGAGACACUUAGACAAGCAGAUUAAAUAUGUGAUGACUACAGGACAAAAAAUUAAUUGGAUGUGAGAGUUUUGAAGAUUCCAUUUGUUAUUGAUUAUAUCAAGAAUGAAAAUUUUCAUAUGCCUCAAGAUCUUAUUCGUUGUACGAUUGCUGAAUAGACUAAAUUUCCAAUGAUAAGCAUGACAGAUGCUACUGAUGCUAUGUUCAAUUUGAUAAUGGCAAAUGAGAAAAAAUUGCAUAAAACAGUCUACAGCAUUUCUGGUGCAACAUAUCCAUUUGGUGAUGUGGCUAAAGGCAUAAGAAAAAUGAAUUAUAAGUUCAGGCAUUAGUUCCUACUUCCAUCAGAAAUAUCAGAACAAGACCGCUAAAUGAAACAAAUUUUGGAAUCUAUGCCAGAUUCAAUGGAUGAAAGCGAAUCUAUACUAGACUGGAGUUGGUAAUACAAGAAACCGAAGAAGCUACAAAACUUCAUCGAGAAUGUCUACGAGAAAAUAAUUGAGUUUAACAAUUGA